AUGAAAGGGCAUGCUUUUAGAAGUACUGCAACUUGUGUUAGCAAUAGUUUGGAAGCAUCUGGGAAUAAUCAGUUGUUCCAAAAAUUCAUACCGGGGGAUAUUGCAUGGAUCAAAAUCCAUAACAAUUCAUGGUGGCCUGGUCAGGUAUUCAGCAUAGUAUUAGAAUCUACAAUAAUUUUUUUCUGUCCUGCGGUAGUUGGAAGAUUGAUAAAUGCCAAAAUUCACACCUAAAAGUUCUGGAAGAUUGGAAAACUUGUUUCCUUAGAUUUCUUGCACCAAAUUUUUUGGAUGUUGCUGCCACUGUUGACAAGUCCUUGUAUCUGCUAACUCUACUUGGACUUGCUUUGGGUGAUUAAAAUUUCUUUCUGCUGGUCUUUUUUGAAUCUAUUUCUGUAUGUCUUGUUUCUUUGAUGAAAAAGACCUUCUAAUUACAUAAAUACAAAUGAAUAUCCCCUUUUCUUGAAGAAUAAGUAUGAAGAAUAUUUUGUGCUCAUAUGAGUUUAAGAGGUGUUUGUAAAUUAUCCAAGAAGCUAGAUCUGUUGGAUUAACUAUGUAUUUACAAAGCAUCCAAGAAACUAGAUAUGUUAGGUUGAUAACUAAGUAAUUUCUAUAUACAUCAUGGUGGCUUAGUAUAUCUGGAAUAUCAAAAUAACCGUCUUUGUGUCUUUAUAUUGCUAAUUUUAAAGGUUGUUGAUGAGAAAAGCAUUGAUGUUAAACCCAAAAGGAAAUCAAAGGAUGAAAUUCUCAUUCGCUUGUAUGGAACCUAUGACUAGUGAGUUUUGUGGUCUUUGUUGCUUUCACAUUGAUUUUCACAGGACCAUUUAGUGAUAAUUGUUCAUUCCUACAACUUGUACAUGGACCCUUUGAAGUGCAAUAUAGAGUUUGAGAAUUUUCUCAAGCAAGAUAAUAUUACCAUGAAAGAAGCAUUCCAAAAAUCACUGGAUGAGGACCUUUCUCAUACAAUAUCAAGUGGCUAUUCUAAGGGACGAGUUUCUCACUUUAGAGGACAUACAACAUCUGAAUCACCUAAAGGCAAAAUGCAAAAGCAAAUCAAGACUGCAAGGAACCAGAAAGAAGUUGGUUCUCCAUCUAUGAGAAUAGGUUCUUCGAAUAAACAAAAAGAAGGAAGCUCAAAGCAAAAGAGAAAAUAUGAUGCAAGAGAUAAAGCUGCAAGGAAUACAAAAACUAAAGAAGAUGAAGGAAGAGAACAAAGGAUAAAUGUUAAGUAUGGGAAAGAAGCUAUAGGAGGCAAUAGCAUACGACAAGGUACACCUGAAAACCAUAAUAUUGCAGAGAAAGAAAUAAUUGGGGCUUUUGGAGUCAAUAGCACAAAAAGAGAUUGUUUAAGGCGAUCACCACGCAAUGCCGAUAAGAAGCAUGAAAUGGAAAUGUAUAUAAUAGAAUGGUCCAGGUGCCAAUAUACAGAGUCUUGUGGAUCAGGAAAGUUAAACAUGAUGGAUAAAGUGAACACUGGAGCUUCUAACAUGAAAGUUUUGGAGCAACUUUGCUCAGAGCAAUCGAGACAAAUGGAUAGGGUACAUAUAAAAGAAAAGCUUCCAGGUAAAGCUUCAAAAGAAAUUUCUGGGGAUGAAGCUGCUGGAACUGUAAUUGUCAAGAAAUAUACCCUAAGAAAACGAAAGCAAAAGGAUGCCCAGCUAGAGGUUAAAAAAAAUUUUAUUAGUGAAAUGUCAAAAGACAAAGGCAAAAAAAAUCAUGAGUCAGGACUCCAAGAUUAUGUAGACAAAGGAGCUAAUAGGGAUCUUGUACCUAAAAGAAUUAGGCAAAAUGAUUUUCAAGAACUAAAUCAUAAAAAUGUUGCAGAACAGACCAUGGAAAUGUUUAGCAAUGAGGUAGCUGGAAACAGAGCCAUGGAGCAGGGUGAAGCAAGGAAAAAUAUUGCAAUGAAGAUGGUGAGGAUUGCUGCUUCGACAUGCAAAAACAUGAAGCCAAGUGACUUCGAAGAACAAAAGCGUGGAAAUGCUACACAGCCGAAGAAGAUAGAGAGCCUUAAAUCUGAUCAUCAGGCCAAGUUUUCUGCACCAGAAUCAGCAGUAGAUAUUAGUGCUAGAAAAACUAAAGUGAUGCGAAGUUUGGGUCUCAUUCCACCAUCGGGAUCGCCAUUCCACAGAAACAGAAUAUUGGAAGUAGCACACUUGAAAACUUAAUUGCAAAUGCUCAUUUUUGUAAAAGCCAGCCUAAAACGUUACUUGGUUUGUGACUCGGGCUCAAAAGCUAAAGCCCAUUUUGUUGAAGAGUCUCAUGGUCACAUAUGUAGGAUAAGAAGUUUUUGUGCAGCAUUUUUUUUGCAGGUUCAGAUUUUCAAGAUGUGUGUAUCUGACACCUAUCAAUCUCUAUGGAAGCUGCUUAUAUGAUCAUACUUUGUCUCAA